AUGACAACCCCCAAAGAAACCCCCUCCAAAAUAACAGCCCUAAUGAAAUCCAACCUCCUCUCCGUCUUCAACGAACGCGACCCCCUCGCCCGCCGCGCCGCCAUCGAAGCAACCUACACCACCGGCCUUACAUUCCACGAUCCAGACGCCACGACCUACGGCCACGACGCCGUCGACAAGCUCAGCGGAGGCUUACUCGACAAGAAUCCAGGUUGGGUGUUUAAGCCUGAUGGACCUGUGUUUGUGAGUUAUAAUGUGGGGAUGUUGAAGUGGGUGUUUGGGCCUGAGGGAGGGGAGCCGUUGGUUAAGGGGUGUGAUAUUGCGGAGGUUGAGGGGGGACUGAUUAAGGUGUUGCAUGUUAUGAUUGAGGGGCCGUCGAGUUUUGAGGUUGUGUAG